UUACGUCACGCGCGUUCCGUGAAACUCUCCACAGGAUUGGUCGAACGAGCGGGUUUGUUUGCGAGCCAACCUAUCGGAAAGCUCGUUAGACGAGAAGAAUGUUUGUACGGUCGCCUGGAGGCGCAGCCAUGUUGGGAACAUUAGAAGGGAACCAACACCACAACCAGAAAGACGGGAACAUCUAGGUUCGGCAGCGGCGUGUCUUAACACCUUAACACCACCACCAUGGCUGACCCGGAAAAACAGCCCGAACAACCAAAGGCUGUCCAGCAGAAGCUGGUCAUCGCUAACAAAGUGACCGGGACUGUGAAGUGGUUCAACGUGAAGAGUGGGUACGGAUUCAUCAACAGGAACGACACCAAGGAGGAUGUGUUCGUUCAUCAAUCGGCCAUCGUGAAGAACAACCCAAGGAAGGCUGUACGCAGUGUCGGUGACGGUGAACCGGUCGAAUUUGAUGUUGUAAUAGGCGAGAAGGGUCAUGAAGCGGCUAAUGUUACUGGUCCAUCCGGGGAGGCAGUAAGAGGUUCGCCUUUUGCUGCUGAUAAGCGACGCGCAUUUCGCGGAAGUCAUUGGUACAUCAGUCAAAGACGUGGGAAUACUCGAACUCAACGCAGACCUCGAGAAGGUCAAGAUGGUUACGAAGCCGGCGAAGGCAAGACCGGAAAUGAAGCAAAUUCUGGCGAGGGUAGCGGACAGCAGCGACGUUACAGGGUUCGACGACAGUAUGACGGCUACUAUCGUGGAUCGCGUCGCUCCGGUCCGUCGACGCAACAACAAGGGGAUAACUCCGGUGAAGGAGGCGAACAAGGGGGCGAAACUGGCGGUGACGGUGGUGUGCCGCGCGGUGGCGGUCGUGGACGCGGAGGACCGUCCCGUCGUUACUUCCGCCGCAAUUUCCGUGGGGGAAGAGGUGGUGGACCUCCGCGACGUCCUCGUAGCCAAGACGGUCAAGUAAAAGAAAGUCAGCCGGUCCAAAACACUACCACCGAAAGCACCGCUUAACCAAGAGUAAUGGUACCACUACAACAAAAACACUCCUUUUAAUAUAUAACACCAACACCCGUUAUACACCGAAGUAACAGCAACGAUAACAGCAACCACAUCAGCAACAAAGCAGCAACAACAUAACAAUUGAAAAAAGUAAAAAAAAAAAAAAAAAAAAAAAAAAAAAAAAAAAAAAAAAAAAAAAAAAAAAAAAAAAAAAAAAAAGCGAAACAAAAAGCAAGAAAUGAAAAAGAAAUUGCAAAACACCGCUCAACACUCUCCCCGGCGGCAGAUAAAGAAGAUUCAGAAGCGUGUACGAGACGCUGCCGGAAUUAGUUGACAGAAGAAAACGCUGAAAAGCCUCGUCGCGAAGAAAGAAGAUCAUUGUGGAUCGAAUGCAAUUGAACAAACUUUUUCGAAUUGGACUUACCGCCGUACGAUAAUUUUGUAUCACGAAAAUUUACAGAUCUCUGUGAAAAUUUCAUACCUAUUGGAAUUCGAACGAUGUCAAGCACACGCGUUCCAAAGAAAAGGUGGAAAAGGAAAAUGGCCCUGGAGCGUUGUUUGCUUCACUUCUCCGCGACUUUGGACGUAUAAAUCGUAUAUUUCGGAGUAUAUCGUUAGAUGGUGGCGGUGAAGACGGGAAACGAAAAUUGCGACUGCGAUGAAUUUCGGUGUACGCAAAGUUUAGAAAAAGUAAUAUCCCGAUCGUGGAGGAGACAACGAAGAGAAAGAAAAAAAAAUACGGUGAUGGGAUACAAUACGAAUUCGAAUUGGCGAAAGUGGUAUUUUUGUUCCUGUUUUUGCGUAUUCAUUGUUUCAUAUGUUUUUAAUUUUUCUUCAACGAAACGCAUUCGAUCGUUUUACGCAUAUAUGUAUGUCUUUAAGUUUAACGCGAUCCUCGCGGAGUUUUUCUCUUGUCCGUACAAGUAAUCGGUAAAUACGCGCGCAAUUAUAUUGGAAAACUACGAAACGCAAUGCGUGUUUACCCGUGACUGUGCCGGCUUGAUCGUUUCAGUUUCUCUCGAAAUUACUCCGUUUCUUUUUUUUUCUUCAUUGAAACGCAAGAGUCGAUUCGUUUCAAAAAUUUGUCGUCCGUCGUGUCGCUUUUGUCUCUUCGAUCCUCGUUCGUUCGCGGUGAAUACUUUGCUGUCAGUGAUAUUAACGAUUAAACGCGAUAGCAAAUUCUCGCUAAAUUCUCUGUUCUAUCGUAUAUCUAGCGACAUGUAACCAACCGGCGAUAUUUUUACGGUCGCUUGUACUAAAUAACAUAUUUCAUGCCCCAGGAGGGUAUAACCUUUAAACACGAGUAAUUGUAUUAUCCGACGUUAGCAACGAUAUGUCACGCGUUAUCGGUUAACUGUAAAUUUGGUCAAUUCUUCCGUAAUUUUCAUCGCGUUACUUCGAACGUAUCGAUUCUCGAAAAUUUCGGCAAUUUCCUCUCGAUUGACAGUGCAAACGUGUGGUUUGUCAGAGAAACGAGUAAAUAAACGACGAGGGAGAAAACAGUGUGUGACAAAAAGAAUGGAAUGGGUGAAUGAAUCGGUGAAUAAACGAAUGAACGAAUGAAAAAAUGCAUAAAUGAGGGAAUGAGCGAAUGAGCGAGUGACAGUGGGAGUGUGAGAGAAAGAGAGUAAGAGAGGACAAAAGAGAUUUAUACAAUUUUGCAUGGAAACGAAACAAUUUUUAAAAUUUUAGUUUGUAGUUCUAUCGUCGGAAAAUAAAAUGUACAAUUUUCUUUCAAAACGUUUCAAAGUUUAACGCGCAAUUCGUUAACGCGCCAGAUUUUUAUUUUAUUUCACGUGCAUAACAUAUUUUUCAGUUUUUGUCUCUGUUUGUCCCUGUUUUUUUGUCGUGAUUUCUAUUGAUCGCUAACGUCGUCGUCGUCGUCACCAUCGUCGUAAGGAUAUUUCAGGAUAAUUCGAUAAAUUUCGAUAAAAAGAUUUGCGCGUUAGUCGUUACAGUGUUUUCGCGAUAAGCCCUGGAACGAUGAAAUACACGAUCGGGAGAAAAUGAAGAAAAUAGUGGCGAGGCGUGGCGUGGUGGAACGUGGGAAAAAAGCGAGAAAGAGAGUGUAUGUGCGUGCGUAUGAAUAUAGCGUCAAGUGGAAAAUAGUAACGCCUGAUCUCGCGUUCCUUUACCGAUCGAUCGAAA